AUGUGGUACGACGUCCUGUGCACGAACGUGGCGGCGGUGGCCGUCGUCGUGCUCGUCCUACUGGUCUUCUUCCUCCGAUCCACUUCCCGUCCUGCCCACCAACCCCCAGGACCCACGCCCUGGCCCGUCAUCGGUAACUUCCCCAGCCUACGGGGAGACCUGUUCACCGCCCUACAGAAGCUCCGUUCUCAGUAUGGGGACAUCUACCUCCUGUACAUGGGCAGUAAGCCGGCAGUCUUCGUUCAUGGCCGCGAAAACCUGCAGGAGGUGCUAGUGACCAGGGGGGACGAGUUUGCAGAUCGGCCCAAACUGCUGUUCUCUGAGACUCUAUCUAAAGGAAAGGGUGUGGGCUGUGCGUCAGGUGAACCUUGGAAAGAGCAAAGACGGUUCGCCCUGCAAACUUUAAGGGAUUUCGGCUUCGGCAAAGUGAGUUUGGAGGGUAGAGUGAUUGAGGAAAUCGAAGUCCUUGUGGAAUGUCUGACAAGCACGAAGGAGUCCACAUUUCCCAUCGGUAAACUGAUUCACACGUCUGUGGGAAAUGUAAUCUGCUCUCUGGUGUUCGGAGAUCGUUUCCAACAUGAUGACCCCAAGUUUGUGGCCUACAUGAGCUCAAUCGAAAAAAACUUCGAGGACGUUGGAUUUGCAGGUCCACUAAACUUUAUUCCAUGGUUGAAAUACUUGCCCGGAGACUUCUUUAAUUUUAAAAAGGUUAUGAAUAACGUAGAGGUGUUGGAAAGUUUUACAAGCGAUCAGAUCCAACACCACAAAGACACAUUUAAUCCGGAUGAGCCUCGGGAUUUCAUCGACGCCUACUUGUCUGAGAUGUAUAAAGCUCAAGAAAAAAACCCACACACGACAUUUGAGGAUGAACAACUUCUCAAGGUCAUUGGUGAUUUGUUUGUUGCUGGCACUGAAACUACAUCGACAACUCUCCAGUGGGCGUUGUUGUACAUGAUAAACUACCCGGCUGUUCAGACCAAAGUUCGGGCGGAGAUUCAUUCUGUUAUCGGAAGAGGCAGGUUUCCGACUAUGGCCGACCGCAAACACAUGCCUUACAUGGAAGCCACUCUGAUGGAGGUACAGCGAUGUGCAGAUAUCACGCCAUUAAGCGUACCACACGCAGCGUCACAGGACACCUCUUUAGCGGGGUAUGCAAUCCCCAAAGGCACCAUCAUCAUGACCCCCUUAAUCAGCUUACACAAGGACCCACAGGUGUGGAAAGAUCCCGAAGUCUUUGAUCCCAGCCGAUUCCUGGAUUCUGAUGGAAAUAUUGUCAAGUCUGAUAACUUGUUGCCAUUUUCCGCAGGUAAGCGAGUGUGCUUGGGAGAGAGCUUGGCCAGGAUGGAGUUGUUCCUAUUCCUGACUUCCAUGCUGCAGAGGUUUGUCUUCAAAGCCCCGGAGGGUGUGACGUCCUUGUCUGAAAAGGCUGUUAUAGGCAUUACCCGGCAACCCCCAGCGUAUAAUCUUAGGGCUAUCAUGGCCGUCUGAAAGGAAUGUCAUUGGGCAGUCUUUUGUAGUAGCCUGUUGUGUAACAACAAAGAGCAGUCCACGUAUUUACGACGAGAGGAGGAAAGGCAGAGCUGCCUACCUCUGAUGAAUCAAAUGUGUAAUGAAAUCUGAUUUUUAUGUGUAAAAAAUUCACCGUUUGAGUGUAUUUCUUUUUACAAUAUAUAAACACCCCUUUUCACACUUGGAUAAGCAUACACCAGAAUGAGCCUAAAGGCUUUUUGGUCAGAUCAAGCCAACCAUGCUGGAUUUAUUUUUUACUGAUUUGUUGUUAACGUCCUCCUCAUGAUUAUUUCAUUGGUGACGGCUUUUCCAGAGUCGGUGGGAGGAAAACCAAGAAUUUACACACGUCCCUGGUGACCUUGCCACUCACCGGUAAAUGUAUUUGCCCUCACAGUUUUAUCCUUCUUGAUCCUGGAUCCCCAGACAACUUUAUCGGGAUCAAUCUUUGGUAAACACGCUGCGCAAUCCAUAUACUAAGACUGGAGAUGACAAG